AUAAUAAAUCAAAGCCCAUCACCGGUAACGUAUAAUAAACCGCCUCAACUUGAAAACCUCUCACGUAAUAAGAGCUGAUUGGCGCCGUACAAUCUGAACCGGCCGGUGGUGGUUGAACCGUUCGGUCACCGCUAAUUAACCGGCCACCAAAUUAUUCACUCCCUUCGUAGUAACAAUAGAAGGAAAAAACUCGAGACCAGAUUAGCUAAUUUUGUGAGAAACACAUAUUCCAUUAGGUAACCAACAACAACCAAACGAAGCCAAAGGUCACCUCUCACUUAUCUGCCUUUCCUAACACACACAAAUCAAAAAUCUAAAUCCUCCCUUAAUUCUCUUUUAUUUUUAUCACAGUUCAAUUUAUUUCAGAUCAAUCCUUCAUUCUCUAUCAUCAUCUUCUCUGAAUGAAUGAACGAAUGGCUUUGUCCAAGAGGAUCCCACUGUUUCUACUGAGGCUGCUCGCCAUGGGCGCCGCGCUUUCCGCGACGCUCGUCAUGCUCACCAGCCGCGACACUGCUCAGGUCUUCGGCAUGAAGUUCGAAGCCAAGUACACCAACUCCCCUACCUUCAAGUAUUUCGUGCUGAUGAACGCCAUUGCAACCGGUUACACGCUGAUACUACUCUUUGUUACUUAUAAGGGCUCGUACGGGCGCGUUGUCCUAAUUCUUGAUCUGGUUAUGGCAAUGCUGCUUGACUCGAGCUUAUCGGCAUGCCUAGCGGUGGGGCAGGUGGGGAAGAAUGGCAACAACCAUGCAGGAUGGAUGCCUAUUUGUGGGCAAGUGCCUAAGUUCUGUGAUCAUGUCACAGGUGCUUUGAUCGCAGGUUUUAUAGCUGCAAUUGUGCAUUUCCUCAUAGUCCUAUUUUCUCUACACACAUCUCUCAAUCUUUUCAUGCCCAAGACUUAAAUUACUUAUUUCUACCUACACACAUUUAUAUCACAUACAUACUAUUUUCUCUGUAAU